CCUCAUUCGAGAGUACCACGACGUUUUUCCAUCAUCGUUUUCGUACGUCGGCAUCCCACCGAUGCGCGACGUCGAGCACUCCAUCCAGCUUGUGCCUGACUAUCGUGUUCACCACGAGGCACCCUACAGACUCUCGAUCCCCGAGGCCACUGAACUCAAGCGUCAGCUUGAGGAGUUCCUGAGACAGGGUUUCAUUAAACCUAGCAACUCCCCAUGGGGUGCACCCGUCCUCUUUGCUCGCAAAGCGGAUAGAACUUUCCGUCUCUGCAACCGCUACACGGUUAAGAACAGCUACCCCAUGCCUCGUUCCGACGAGUUGUUCGACUGCCUAGAAGCCAACCGCUUCUUUACGAAGAUUGAUCUUCGUAGUGGUUACCAUAAAAUCCGCAUCACUGCAGCGGACCAGCUGAAGAUAGCGUUCCGAUCGCGCUUCAGUCACUACGAGUUUACGGUGAUGCCAUUCGGGCUCACCAACGCACCCGCUUCCUUCCAGAGGGCGAUGAACGACAUCUUCAGGGACAUCCUGGAGCAGUAUGUUCUAGUCUACCUUGACGAUAUCCUUGAGGAGCACCUCAGACACCUCCGCGACGUCCUUAAGCUCUUGCGCAAACAUGGCUUCUACGCCAAGUUGAGCAAGUGCCGCUUUACUCAAUACAAAGUGGAUUUCUUAGGACACUACAUGGCUGACCAUGGUCUCCACAUGGACGACGCGAAGAUCACUGCUAUUGCGGAGUGGCCCGUCCCCACAUCCGCCAAGCAGCUUCGCAACUUCCUAGGCCUUACCAGNGGUCUCCACAUGGACGACGCGAAGAUCACUGCUAUUGCGGAGUGGCCCGUCCCCACAUCCGCCAAGCAGCUUCGCAACUUCCUAGGCCUUACCAGCUACUAUAGUAAUUUCAUCUAGGAAUACGCUAGGUAUUCCUAUGUCCUUACCUCCACCCUCCUCCGGAAGAACCCGCCCUAGGCUUGGACACCCCUCCACAAG